AUGAAGGCUACUAAAGGACAACGUGAAGGUACUAAAAAAAACCAUGACAAGGUGAAGUCUAUUAUAUCUGAAAAUAAAAUUAAAAGUGUAAGACAUAAAGGUGGUUAUAUUUCAAAAUGUCUUACAAAUGAUGCUUAUAAAGAAAAUGUAAAUAAAGAAAAACGAAUACAAAAAGAGAUAAUAAAAACAGAGGAAACACAAAAAGAGGUAAAGUUAACAUAUCCAACAGGAAGUGUAUCUCAAACCCAUUUGAAAAGAAUCAUUGAGUAUACAAAAAAAUGUGGAGAAUGUAAUAAUAUAGAUAAAUCACAAAGUUAUUAUCAUACAUUACUUUUACGAUAUCUUGAAUUGAUAAUUGAAAAUUAUAAUGAUGGUUGUUGUUAUUUCAAUGCUUCUAAAUUAAUUACAUUACCUAUAUUUAAUAACGUCUGCCACAGAGCUGCAGAAAUAUUUGCUUCAGAACCAACGUUGUUAUUAAUAAAUAGUGAAACACCAAAUGAAAUAUUUUUAGUUCUUUCUGAUUUACAUGGUUGUGUUGAAGUUCUUAUAUACAAUCUUCAUUAUCAUUAUUGUAUACCAAAGAAUAAAAUAAUCAUUCUUGGUGAUUAUGUAGAUAAAGGUCCUGAUGAUGCUUUUAUGUGUUUUUUGUUGUUUUUGUUAAAAAUAUGUUGGCCAGAUAAGAUAUUUCUUCUUAAAGGAAAUCACGAAAUUCGUGAUAUGAAUCGUCAAAAAAAGUUUCCUGAUAAUUGUGGAAAACUUUUUGGUGAUCCAAACACAUUUUACGUUUAUAAUUUUGUUUUUGAAAGAAUGCCUUUAGCUGCUAUUUGGAAUAAUACCGUUUAUUUAGCACAUGGUGGUAUUUCACAAUGGCUAACGAGUAGAGAUGAUAUUACUAGUAUCAAAAGACCAUUAAAAUUAAAUAGAACAUUUAAAUUAAGGCUUCUUAUUACUGAUAUUUUAUGGUCAGAUCCAUAUAGAAAAUGUUAUAAUAAAAAUGACCAUUUUUCAAAAUAUUUUUGUCCUUCAAAAAGAGGUUGUGGAUUUGCAUAUAGUAGAGAAGGUUUAGAAAUUAUUAUGAAAUAUCUUAAUGUAUCAAUGAUUGUUCGGGGUCAUCAAACAUCUAGUGAAGGAUUUGUUGAAGAAUAUAAAGAUAUUUGUUAUACAGUACAUAGUAAACCAAGUUCUUAUUUAACUACCAAAGGAUCAGCUUGCCAAUUAUCAUUAGAUAAUAAUGGUAAUGCAAGUAUAAAACCAUUAAAAUAUAAACUUAUUAUAGAUAAGAAUAUUAUAAUAACAGCUUUAAAAAAAUUAAAAACACUUUGGAAAGAUAGUAAAAUUUCACCAUACAUUUUCAAGUCAAUAUGUACAUAUUGUUGUGAUAAGGAAGAUUAUGUUAAUGAAUUAGCAUGCCAAGAAAGAAUACUUGUAACUCAUGCACAAAUAAUGAUGUGGAUGUCUAAUUAUAAGAUUAAAUCAAUAAUGGAAAUGAUUUUAGAAACAAAAUUUGACAAAAAAUGUAAAAAUCCCAAUAAAAUAUUAUCAAGAUUUCCAAUAUAUUUUGAUUUUUGUGUUUCUCCAAAAAUUGGGACCAGUAUAAGGCCAAUAAAUGUAAUAAAUAAUAAAGAAAAAGAAAUAAUAUCUAUUAUUUUGAAGAAUAUAGAUAAAAUAGAUAAUAAAAAUCUUAUAAACAGCAACCCAAAAUUAUCAGUUGAUACUUUACCAUUUUUGUCAUUAAAUCAAAGUAAUGACAGAAGAAAAAGGCAUCAAAAUUUUACUUCUGAUGAUGAUGAAGAUGGAGAAGAAACAUUUGAUGAAAAAGAUGAUUCAGAAGAGGAAGAAGUUUGA